AUGCUCCUCACCCCUCCCUUGCCUAUCACCCCUCCCUUGCCUAUCACCCCUCCCUUGCCUAUCACCCCUCCCUUGCCUAUCACCCCUCCCUUGCCUAUCACCCCUCCCUUGCCUAUCACCCCUCCCUUGCCUAUCACCCCUCCCUUGCCUAUCACCCCUCCCUUGCCUAUCACCCCUCCCUUGCCUAUCACCCCCCCCUUGCCUAUCACCCCCCCCUUGCCUAUCACCCCUCCCUUGCCUAUCACCCCUCCCUUGCCUAUCACCCCCCCCUUGCCUAUCACCCCUCCCUUGCCUAUCACCCCUCCCUUGCCUAUCACCCCUCCCUUGCCUAUCACCCCUCCCUUGCCUAUCACCCCUCCCUUGCCUAUCACCCCCCCCUUGCCUAUCACCCCCCCCUUGCCUAUCACCCCUCCCUUGCCUAUCACCCCUCCCUUGCCUAUCACCCCUCCCUUGCCUAUCACCCCUCCCUUGCCUAUCACCCCCCCCUUGCCUAUCACCCCUCCCUUGCCUAUCACCCCCCCCCUUGCCUAUCACCCCCCCUUGCCUAUCACCCCCUCCCUUGCCUAUCACCCCUCCCUUGCCUAUCACCCCCCCCUUGCCUAUCACCCCUCCCUUGCCUAUCACCCCUCCCUUGCCUAUCACCCCCCCCUUGCCUAUCACCCCUCCCUUGCCUAUCACCCCUCCCUUGCCUAUCACCCCUCCCUUGCCUAUCACCCCUCCCUUGCCUAUCACCCCUCCCUUGCCUAUCACCCCCCCCUUGCCUAUCACCCCCCCCUUGCCUAUCACCCCUCCCUUGCCUAUCACCCCUCCCUUGCCUAUCACCCCCCCCUUGCCUAUCACCCCCCCCCUUGCCUAUCACCCCCCCCUUGCCUAUCACCCCUCCCUUGCCUAUCACCCCUCCCUUGCCUAUCACCCCUCCCUUGCCUAUCACCCCCCCCUUGCCUAUCACCCCCCCCUUGCCUAUCACCCCCCCCUUGCCUAUCACCCCCCCCUUGCCCCUCACCGCUCCCAUGCCCCUCCUCGACUCAGCCUCUCUGGCUUCCCCCCCUCCCUCCUUUCAACUCAGCCUCUCGGGCUUCCCCCUCUCCCUCCUUUCAAGACCCCUGUGGCUGCCGUCCCCUCCUCCCUCUCCCUAUCCCCCUCCUCCUGCUGCCCACGCUCCCUCCUCCCGCCCCUCUCCCCCACCCGCCUCAAUCAAGCUCACCUCCUUUGACCGUCUGCUGGGGGCAGGAUCUGCAGCAGCAGGGGGGGGAACAGCCGUGCGAGUCUACCCUGAGAACAGCAGGGGGAGUGGCAGUCAAAGUGGCAGUGUGGGGCGGGAGGGAGGUGAAAAGGGCGUGCAGGAAUGGAGAGGUCUACCUCGCAUCCGUGCCCUCCCUCAUUCCCGGCAACACCCUGGCUUCUGUGGGGGGUGGCGGCAGACACGAGGGCUUUGAUGCAAUCAACAGCCCUGGAGUGACAAGAGGAGGGGGCAGGGAGGGUCCGAGGCUGGAUGAGAUGCUGGGAGGGUGGGCCGUGGCAGAGGCGGCCGUGGAAGACGCGAGGAGGGCAGAGGAAGCAGAGGAGGUGGUGAGGAGGGAGGCAGAGCUCUUGGGUGGUGAUUAUGGGGUGAGUGUGCCCCAUGUGCUGCCUGCGGUGGUGUGUGCUGGGCUCAUGGAUGGGUGGGUGGCACAGGGCCAGGCCGAUCUGAGAGCACCGUUCCAGCCAUUGCCUUACUGA